CACCCACACCCCCAAUAGGGGCCUUCAUUCCCACAUUUUAGAGCUCCAUGAGCUCCAUUUUGCAGGAGCAAAAUCUUUUUUACAGGUUCCAGAAGACUGAAAUUUUGGAAUAUGCGCAUAAAGAUCAAUAGUAUGGGAUACAUGUCUCAUGAUUAGAAUUUUUUUAGGGUGUGUAAAGAGGGAAAGAACCCUCAUGUGCAAUUUUGAUGAAAUUCGAAUCAUAUGUAUUCCAGUUCCUUACAGAAAAUAUAACAGAAAAGUCUCAUUUUUCAAUUGCAUGUAACACGGGCAACGCCGGGUAUCUCUGCUAGUAUUUACCUAAAAUAUUCUAUGCUAUUAAUUGACAGUAUUUUUUUCUUUGUUUCAUAUUGCUAUAGCUCAGUUUUAUGAUAUCUAGACACUGGUUUAAUAUUUCUAAAAUUGUUAGUUUGGAGUUUUUGAUGUUUCCAUCAAAAUUGCUGCAUAGCUCAAGCAAAGGUCAAAUAAUCUUUUGAGCUUGAUCAAACUUAUUUAAAUAGAUGCUGCACAUAUUUCUCAGUUGAAUGGUUUACAGACAUUCAGUUGUAAAACAUUCAACUAUACACAUAUAUAUAACAACUAUAUGCAUGUAACUGAAUUUGUAAAAUAUCCCAAACUACACAAACUUAGCAAUGGAUAACUUAAACUCAAACUACUGACUUCAAACUUUACCACAAAGCCAGAAAUUUUGUGGAAGUGAGUAAGUUGAUUACAUUGAUCCCAAUGCUCAACUAGUACUUAUUUUAUUGACCCCAAAAGGACGAAAGGCAAAGUUGACCUUGGCAGAAUUUGAACUGAGAACAUAAAGACACAAAAUGUCUGGCAUGCUAAAGUUUAACCAGCUCCCGCCUUCAACUUAAGCUAAUAAUAUUAAUCUGUAUCCAUGUACAAAUGCCCUGUUGAAAGUAGGAAACAGAUAUAAUGGUGUUUGAGUUACUGUAGUGGAGAUAUUUGGCUACCUCUGUAGGAAAAUAAAGGAGAGGAUGGAGAGAUAAGGUUAGAGAGAAAGAUAGAGAGACAGUCAGAGAGAGAGAGAGAGAUAAAUGGUAUUGGAGAUGCAUCAGGAGCUUACCUUCAGGUAAUAGUAGUGGUGGCGGGAGGGAGUAUAAGUGGUACAGAGGUGAUAAAGUAGGGUGUUCCAUAAGAGUGUGAAGGGAUAUGUUUAGAGAUGGGGGAAGAGGUGACUGUAGCAAGUGAUGGUGAGAGAAAUUGGAGUGGCUGAUAGGGUGGAAAGGUAUUGUUGUUAUGUGAGGGCAUAGAGAGUAUGCAGAUAGGCGUGAGAGGGAGCUUGCAGUGGGUAGUGACCAUGGGUGGUGGGAUGGGAGAGUGUUGGGUUGCAGGGAAAGUUUUAGCAAAGGACAGAUUGUGUGUGUGUGUAAAAAAGAAGAGAUGGGGCUUGGCCUGUUUCGAUUUUACUUAGCUUUACACCUCUUCUCAAGUACAGCCAAUUGUCAGAAGUCUUGAUCUCUGUGAUGCUCAACAUUCAAAGAUUGUUUCUCAUUGCUUUGUCCCAUAUCUUUCUGGGUCUGCCUCUUCCACAGGUUCCCUCUACAGUUAGAGAUCAGUACUUCCUUAUGCUGCUUUCCUCAUCUGUACAUAUCACAUGACUAUACCAGUGCAGUCUCCUCUCUUGCACACUACAUACUCUAACUUCUCAUUUGGCAUGAAGCCACUUCCUGCAGUUCCACUCUCUCCCAGCUGAGAGGCCCUCGUCUUGCAAGUUUCUUGGUGACUCUGUUGGUGUCAGUGUCACAUAAAAAGUACCCAGUACACUCUGUAAAGUGGUUGGCAUUAGGAAGGAUAUCCUGCUAUCCUGCCAUAAAAACCAUACCAAAGCAGACAAUGAAGCCUGAUGCAGCUUUUGGCCUUACCAGCUCCUGUCAAACUGUCAACCAUGCCAAGACGAACAUUAAACGAUAUGAUGGUGAUGAUGAUUAUAAUGAGGAUGACGAUGCUGACGCCGCCGCCACCGACGCCAACAAUGACAACGAGAGUCAACAAAGUACUCACAUAUGGAGAGAGAUUUAGUGUGAUCAAUAUUCAACGAAGAACUAUUGGAUAAAUUGUGUGGCAAUUCUCUUGUUCAUGGGGUAAUAUAUUCUUCUAGUGUGGAAGAAUGAUGUUGUUGAUUAUCGAAAUCUUAUGAAUUAUGUGUUUGGACUAUCAGAGCAUGUUAACAUCCAAGCUUGAGAACUGUGCUGCUAAACCACGGUUGAUUUGCUGUGAGUGUGCAGAAGUUGUGGUUUAUAAAACUUCCAGUAACAAUGAAACCGUUUGUCAGCAGUGUCUUUCAAGACGGACUGAGCGUAAAGAAACCAUUCAAGAAAUUGUACAGACAGAAGUCAACUAUGGCAGAGACCUUAAAAUUAUUUUGGAGGAAUUUUAUAUACCUAUGAAGAAAGCCAAUCUUUUGGAAAAUAAAGAAUUAGCUUCAAUAUUUUUGAAUUUAGAGGAACUAGUUCAUGUUAAUGAAAAAUUCACCAAGCAGCUAUCAGGAAUAUUACAAGAAGCUUCCAAUAAAAAGGAUGAGGAUUACCAGAAAGUCAAUAUUGGUCAACUUUUUCAAGAAUACUUCCAUAUGUUCCAAGCUUUUGAAAAGUACUGUGUAAAUCAGACAUCUGCAAUAGAAAUCUUAGAACAGCUCGAAAGAGAUCGAGAAGUUCUCCGGGCAUUCCUGCAAGUAUCGCAGGCUGAAAAUAGUCUACUCCGGCGUAUGAAUCUAAAAUCUUUUCUAAUGAUCCCUGUACAAAGAAUUAUGAAGUAUCCACUUCUACUGAACCGCCUUUAUAAAUCAACAGCAGCACGACAUGAAGACUGUGCCUUCUUACAUGAAGCGGUGGUUGGAAUUGAAAAAAUAUUGGAGGAGAUUAAUGCUAAAACGAAAAGCAGUGGUUCCAUGAAAUUAAAACGAAAACGUUCUGAAUUACGGAGACACAGUUCCACAGACAAAUUUGAGUUAGUUAAGACGGCAUUGAAUCUACUUGAGUGGAACCAGCAUGAGGUCCAUGAUAUUCUGGUUGGUACUUUGCUAUACACUCAACCACAGGAUCACUUCUGGACAGCAAAGAAAUGUCGCAAUUUGAAAUUUACUCCAGUUCAUGCUCUUUUGCUGACACGUGGUGAGCCUCAACAAGAGAGUACAAUUACCAAGAAAUUACUGUUUACCCAGCAAUCCAUAGUAAGGCAGGCAGCCCUGGUACUGCUCCGAGGCAAAGGAGGGCGAUAUCAAGCUGUCAGAGAUCCUCUUUAUUUGGACAAAUGUGUCAUCACUGUGGAUCCAGUGUAUGAAGAAGUCUUCGAAGUUCAAGAUUGGAACAAAGAAUCAUAUCUCUUUAAGGUAAUCUCAUAUUUUUACAUAAAUAUUUAUAUAAAGCAUAUUUAUAAAUCGGAAAUUGUCUAAUGCAAUGGUUGAAAG